AUGAGCAUAGCAGUACCGUCUAGGCGUAUCGCAGGGCGAUGCCUCUUUUGUCAACCCCUUCAGAUUCGCCCACGCAUACAGCAUCAACAACAGCGCACCGCCGCAUCAAAUCCUGGCAAUGGCGAUGACGAACCUCGACAGAGUAACCCGGUUCUCGAUGCCUACAAAAUCAAACAUGGCGUCGAACCCUCAAAACCAGCACCACAACAAAUGCCCAAGGCCGGUGACCUCUCCGCUUCCUCCAUCUUCGAAGACGACCGCCGAAUGCAGAGCCAGAGGCAGGAGCUUACGCCGAGUGAGGAAGAUGUCCCAGAAACUAGCAAAGUCCAGAUUGGCGGCGUGGAUCGGGAUGCAGAGAAUAUGGCCAAUGUGCUUGACCCGGAUCCAAAUGCACGCGAGCGCUGGGAGAGGAAGAAGGUGAUACAGAUGGUUCGAAAAGGUGGCAGGUUGAACGCGCAGCAGAUGAUCAAGCGGACGGAAAGGGAGCAUCUAGUGAGGAGUCACAACAUGAAGACUAGCGUGAAGAAGUUGGGUAUGUUGGCUAGGCAGAUCUCGGGCAAGACGCUGGAGGACGCUAUCACGCAGAUGAGAUUCUCGAAGAAACGAGUGGCGCAAGAAGUGCUGAAGCAGUUGCAAUACGCGCGGGACGAGGCCGUGGUGAUGCGUGGAAUGGGUCUUGGGGCUGUCGAAGCGAAGGAGGGUGCGCACAUCCUGAACGAUGCGACUCCUGCCGCUACAAACGUUCCUACUACCAGCGUCCUCGCACCAACUUUCACCGAGGAACAGAAGUCAGGCCCUGUACAGAUUCAGCUCAAAGACGGCAAGCGUCACUUGGUCACGGACGCCUCAAAGAUCUACAUCGACCAGGCUUGGGUUGGCAGAGGCCCUUUCGGUAAGCUUCCUGACUACAGAGCGCGUGGGCGCGUGUACAUCAUGCGUACCCCUUGGACGAGCCUGUCAGUACUUUUGAAGGAGGAGAAGACGAGGGUGCGGCUGCAUGAGGAGAGGGAGGAGAAGAGGAGGAAGAAGAUCUUGGACAAUGUUUGGACGCAUUUGCCUGAUCGGCCAGUGCAGUGGCAGAGGCAGUGGUAUGCCUUUUAG